CAAUUUCAGGGCCAAGCAAUCCAAACUGUUCAGACGCCAUCUAUAGUUCAAAUAAUAACAGUAUAAAAAUUGACGUCAGUAAUAUGAAUACCGCAGGAGCUGUUCAAUAUAAAAUAACACUGAACAAGAAAUCUCUUCUUCAAUCUACCGAUCCCAUAUACCAGUUUACUGAUCUUUUACCUGGUAUGUCGUAUACAGCAAAAGUGGAAGCAAUUGGAAAAGAAAAUCUGACGAGUCAGAUAGCCUGCAACUUAUCUACAUUUACAAGACCGAGCGAUCCCGUGUGUAAGAAUGUCAUAGUAUAUAACCUGACAACUACAGCCUUAGGAAUCGAUUUGGCAAAAGUCCAUACCAAUCGUGCCAAGAAUUAUUUUGCUGAAUACAAUGAUACCAAAUCGAGGCUUAAUGCGACGUGGAACGAAUCAAAUUCUUUUAGAAAACAAUUCACCGAUCUAACACCUGGGAAACAAUAUAAGUUUUCCAUCUGUGCUAUCAGUGAAAAUCAUUUAAAAAGCUCCAGAUGUUGCAUUGUCUCAAAAUAUACACGCCCCAUUCCACCCAGCAAUAUAACUAACAUCACUAUAGGAACCUAUAGCUUUACCAUACAUUGGAAUCCUCCUCCAUCAGCAGUGGUCGGGUCCUAUAAAGUGACUGCCAAUUGUAUCUGUCCUUGUACUGCAAGGGUCACCCACUCAGGAUUGGAUACAGAGGCACAAAUCAGUGAUCUCCCCCCUGGAACACACUGUUCAGUGACGAUUAUUUCGAUCUCUGGAGGAUUGAGAAGCGAUCCGUUAUAUUAUCCCGAUAUCAAAACAAAAGAACCAGGUCCUGGAAAAGUCUCAGAUUUUACUGUAGUUGAAAUAAAGACGGGCGGUUUUGGGAUUACCUGGAAUGAACCUGAAAAUCCAAACGGCGAUAUUUUAAGCUAUAGCAUAAUGAUUACUGAUUCAUCGGGAUCCAAUCCCACAAACGUGUCUUCUACUACAAGAAAUCACACGUUUGAAAACUUGUCUGCAGGAUCUUGCUACAAUGUAUCUAUUGGUGCUGUUAACCAUGCUGGCGAAGGGGUGAAAGAAACUAAAACUGUGUAUACAUCCGAAACAGUUCCUUCAAAAGUCACCAAUUUGACAGCAGUGAAUUCAUCAUCCACUUCAAUAACAGUAAAGUGGUCAAAACCCUUAAAUCCAAACGGGGUUAUUAUUCGUUAUGUACUGACUGUUCUCAAAGAUACAGAAGAAAAGAAAUGUGUGCGUGUAGAGUUCAACUGUACAGAAUGCCAAAAACCAUGUCCUUAUGCUGAAGUAAUGACUGUUUCAUUUAUUUACAAAUUUCAGAAUCAAGGAUUAUAUCAAUUGUUUUUCAUUUCUAAUCUCUCAAAUAUGAUGAAAUUAAAAAUGUUGUUAGAUAUUCAUGCAAUACAGGCAGAUACAGAACAAACAGAUGAAAAAUUAAAGGAAUCUUAUUCUGGUUGUAAUAAGCAUUCAUCAUCCUUUGGCAUCAACAAUGUAUCUCUUAUCUAUGAAGUGACGGCAUUAGACAUAUUCACCUCGUAUUCAGUUACUAUGCAAGCGUAUACCUCUGAAGGAGGAGGAGCAGAUUCAACUACAGAUAUAAGGACAUCAGCUGAUAAGCCUUCAACACCGGGAAAACCUCUGCCGACAAAAGAUAUUUUUAGCAUGUCCUUUGUAUACAACAGGCCUAUGGAAAUAAAUGGAUUGAUCACACAUCAAGAGAUUGAAUAUACACAUAAACCUUACAAGAUUUGUUCAUCAGAAGAAACACCAAACCAAACGACUGAGAAAAAAGAAAUUUCAAUUCAAGAGGAAGAUAACAAUUACACAUUUUCACUAGAAAAUUUAAAACCAUUCUGGAAGUAUAAAGUCAGAGUAAGGGUCAGAACAUAUGCCGGUUACAGCAACUAUAGUGAAGAGGUCCGAGUCCAAACACUUCCUACAACUCCUGGAAACGUUUCUGAGAUAAUGGUAAUUAAUAAAACUUCAAGAGGAAUGCUUUUGAUGUGGACACAGCCAUGCUAUCCUAACGGAAAUAUCAUUAAUUACAAAAUAAUAGUCCAGAAUAAGAAUGACUCUAUUAAUAAAACGACUCAUACCAAUAGCAGUAAAAAAUUUUAUCUAAUUCACAAUUUACUUCCGUAUCGUUUAUAUACUUUUACCAUACUUACUGAAGUCGCAAACGUCACGCAAAAAAGUGCUCCAGCCAAAUCGGAAACUUUUCGAACUUUAAGUGAAGCACCAUUUAAACCUGGAAACAUCACGUUUGUGGUUAUAAAGGCGAGUUCCUUGAGAGUGUCUUGGAACCCCCCUAUACUCCAAACAGGUCCAACGAGAUACGAAGCUUCUGCUAUUGAUGAAAUGGAUUCCACAAUUAAUUUCACCUGUAGAACUCAAGGAUUUGGAAAUACAAACUGUAUUAUUACUGGAUUAGAUGCGUACUGGAGGUAUUCUUUGGUAGUCAGAGUGUUUACCGACAAUUUCGAGCCAAAUUAUUCCGCUUCUCAAUUCACAACUGCACAAAGUGCACCUGGCAGAGUUGAGUACUUCUCGGUAAAGCAGGACGAAAACAUCGCUGUAAAAUCAAAUGUCCUUAUAGAAUGGAAACCACCCGUAAAAAGAGAUUUGAAUGGAAUAAUCCAGAUAUAUUUCAUUCAAUUCUGGUAUCUACUAGGUGAAAAAAUGGUUAUGUCUUAUAGUAGCAAUACCCGGGAAGUUAAAAUUGAGGUGAAGCCUGAGGAAACUUAUACUUUUCAGAUAUUUGCAAUGACAGUCGAAAAUGCAACUGAAGAGAACUACUAUACAGAUAAGAUAACUAUUAAGCCGGGUGCUCCACUUCCUCUACCUCCACAAAAGACUCCCGUUAUCCAGCAAGGCUCGUCUGUUUCUAACGAGCAAAAGCAGUUGUCCAUUGCUUUUAGUCUACUGGCAUUGUGUUAUGAUAGAAAUGGGGAAAUUACGCAGUGGUUUGUCAUCGUUUCAAAAGAAUCAAAAGGAUCAACAGGAACAUUUAUCGGAGGAAAGGCAAAUUACUAUAAUUUCAUUCAAAAGCACUAUCAAACAUGGAGGGAUGUCUAUGAAAAUGAUAAUAGGCACACCUACGUAGCCUCAGAUUCAUGGAAACCAAACUGUGUAAAGAGUACACAGAAUAGAGAAAAAACUGAAAUGCACACCAUGUUUACCCUAGGAUCAGAGGGAGACUGUUCUAAUAGUCACAAAUAUUGUAAUGGAUAUCUAGAGCCAGGGAAAAAAUAUUGGGUACGUUAUGCAAUAUGUACAAGAGUGGCUUGUCUAGAAUCAGAAUAUUCCAGUCAAUUUACCACAGCACCCAAUAAUGUACCAGUUAUCGCUGGUUCAGUUUCCGCUGUUAUUCUCGUUGCUCUUAUUGUUGUAAUAAUUGUCGCUGUAUUCCAUAAAAGGAAGAAAAAAGGGCCACUACGGCAUGUUUAUAGUGACUGUGGUGAAAUUGGCCAACCGAUUGAAAUCUUUCCUGCUGUAGAAAUGGGCAGUACCUUAAAAGAACCUAAUGCUGUGAAAAUAGCUGAUUUUGCCAGUUAUGUUAAGAAAUUGCACGCUAACAGCAACCUGUUUUCAAAGGAGUAUAAGGUAUUAAAAGAGAACAGCCCAACUCACACAACUAAAGCUGCUGAACUUCAGGUGAACCGAAUCAAAAACAGAUAUUUAAACAUCCUAGCUUACGAUCACAGCAGAGUGAAGCUUUUAUCAACGGAAUAUGAAGGAUCUGAUUACAUCAACGCCAGUUAUAUACCAGGUCUCAGCUCUCAAAGAGAGUACAUUGCUACACAAGGGCCUUUACCGUUCACUCGUGACGAGUUUUGGAGGAUGAUUUGGGAACAGAAUGUCACUGUUGUUGUAAUGCUCACUCGACUUGUUGAGAGAGGGCGUAGGAAGUGUGAUAUAUAUUGGCCUGGAACUACACGGGAAACAGUACACUAUGGAGACCUUGUGGUGGAAACUGAAUCAGAAUCCAUUUUUCCUGACUACAUCCUGCGGGUUAUGUCUGUAAAACUAGGCGGCAGUAGAAAAACAGUGAAACAGUUCUGCUAUUUAGCAUGGCCUGAUAUGGGUAUACCUGAAACAUCUAAAUCCAUGCUAAAAUUUACAAAAGAGGUUAGAAGUCAUCUACCUCUACCUUCAGCAAAUAGAGGACCUCUUGUUGUACACUGCAGCGCUGGGGUAGGACCUACUGGUACAUUUAUUGCAGUUGAUUAUUUGAUGCAACACGUGACUUCCAGUGACGUUGUAGAUAUCUAUCACUAUGUAAUGAAAAUGCGAAACAAUCGACCCAAUAUGGUUCAAACAGAGGACCAGUACAUCUUCAUCCAUGACUGCAUCAGAGACUUCAUCAAUAGGAGUGACCAUGACAGUGAUGGUAAAAACAUAGUGAAAGGAGACAAUAAUAAAAGAAAUCUCAAAAAUAUGUAUUCCAACAUGUAGGGAAAUCAUUAUAUUUUGUGCUGCACCGGUAUAAUGAAGAGAUACAAUUGAACACAAUUAUUUUAUUACUGAUUUAAGAAAGAAUUUUCAUGUAAAAUACUUUUUAUAAUAUGAUUAAUAUUUUGUAUGCAUAUUUUGAAGAGAAAUAACAUUAUUUAUCUUAUGUCACGUAUAUGAAGAUUCAUGGUUAUCUAUGAACAUACGUUUCAGGUAAAUAUUGAACUCCUUAUAAUAUUAUUAAUUUACAUAGGUAUUUUAGGUCGUGGACGACCGAGUGAGUGAGUGUGACAUACUA